CAAAGGUAGGAUUCCAAGGAAAUGACUCACGGCGGUUGGCAGGGCUCUGGCGAGGCUGGCCCCGGCCCGCGCUCCAGCCCGCAGCAGAUGCCUGCCCGGCCCUCCCUUCCCUCGCCGGCCAAACCUGCCCGGAGCCCCGGGGCUGCGGGAGCGCCCUCCGCCUCCGCGGGACCCGAGCGGCCGGGACUCGGCCAGCGCCUCCCGCCCGGCCCGCAGCACCCUCGGCUCGCGCGGCCGCCUCUCCCCCCUCCUCCUCCCGCCCCCCGCCGCCUCUGCGGUCCCGGCCGGGCACACUCCGGAAAGUUGCUAGGGCCGCGGAGGCGGGAGGGGAGGAAGGGAGGAGAGAGGCGGAGGCGUGGACCAGGCGGGCAGCAACCGGGCCCGCCAGGGAGCGAGGAGCGUGUGAAACCCGUCAAUCCUGUUUGCCAUUUCCCCGUGGAUUUCCGAGGAGAGGUUCUGCACGAUGCCCCCAGGCAAACGGAGAUGAGAAACAGCUGUGUUUGCAGGACCCGAGCAGUUCUUCUCCCCUCGCCGCCCGCCCCCGCCAGUUCCCCGCCGGAGCUGUGUGUGUGUAGUGUAUCAAAAAAGCAACCUUGGUCCGACUGCAACUGGAAUUGGCAACUCUUUCUGGUGAUCCUCCGACUGUGAAAAACCAAACCUCUUGCUGCCUGGCUCCCUAGGAAUCAAGAAGAGGCACAGACUGAAAAUCAGGGAGGAAAGGAACAAGAUCAAGGAUGAGGAUUAGCAUCUGCAAAUUGAACCCUAUCUAAUUUGCAUGUUUAUUUCUUAGAAUUGUAAUUAAAUUUGUGUAAUAAAUGUUUUCCAUUUCAUUCCUAUGCUUAAAAUUUGGGUGACUGACGUGCAGUUAAGUGAAUUUUUUUUUCUUAAAGCAAAUGUAGUUUAUUCAAUAAAGCAGCAAACAAAUAUUAAACAUAAUUAGAACUAA